AUGCAUGGGCUGUCAUGGCCAGUGCUGGUCCAGACAUGCUCCUGGACACUGCAAGGGCUCUGCCACACGUGUGUCUUUGCAGGCAUGAGCCCGGCCUCUGUGACUCUGGCCAGUGCCCUGCAGGUCCGGGGCGAAGCUCUGUCUGAAGAGGAGAUCUGGUCCCUCUUGUCCCUGGCUGCUGAGCGGCUCCUGGAAGACCUCCGUGGUGAUUCCUCGGACUAUGUGGUCUGCCCCUGGUCAGUCUUGCUUUCUGCGAUUGGAAGUCUCUCCUUCCAAGACCACGUUUCUCAUAUAGAAGCGGCUCCUUUCAAGGCCCCUGAACUGCUACCGGGACAGAGUGAUGAGGAGCAGCAGCCUGAUGCAUCUCAGAUUCACGUCUAUUCUUUGGGAAUGACCAUGUGUGAAGACCAGCCUGGCAGGCGGCUACCGCUGCAGUCCAUCCUGGAAGCUUGUCGGAUUCAUUGGGAAGAAGUGGCCGUCCACCCAGCCUCUGCCAGUCUCCAUGUCAGACAGCUGGUCGGCUUGGUUCUGGGCACCAUCUCCGAGGUGGAGAGGAGGGCUGUGGAGGAAAGCUCGUCCGGGCAGCAGGACAGAAGCUACCUGCUCAGGAACAGGUUGCAGCAGGCCAGCUGUGAGAGCCGGGCAGCGAGGGCCCCGGGGUGUCUGCAUCCCUGCAGAGUUUCAGAGAGAAGCACAGAGACUCAGAGCUCCCUGGAGCCCAGACUGAGCGCCUCAGCACACAGUUGCUGCAGCCUCUCUGUGAACAGUGUUCUUCCAGCUGAAGUUCCCCCAGAUCUUCAGGAAGGCCGACAGCUCAGCUUUGGUUCUGCUCUCCCAGAAAACUCACGGCUAGCAGCUUCUUCGGGAAAGGGUUUCCUGCAGAGAAAGGGAAAGUUUUCCAGGCCGGAGUUCGCCCUGCUGGCUGGAGAGGCCCCGGUGAUCUUGUAUCUGCCUGGAACAAUUGUGACCAAAAAAGGGAAGUCCUAUUUGGCUCUCCGGGCCCUCUGUGUAAUGCUGCUGAACGGGCAGUGCCUGGAGGUGAGAUGUGACAUCACGUCGACAGUGGGAGCCGUCUUCAGCGCUGUUGCGUCCUUUGCCAACCUUGGGGAGCUCACCUACUUUGGCUUGGCUUACAUGAAAGGCAAAGAGUUCUUUUUCCUGGACGCUGAAACCAGGGUGUGCAAAAUAGCCCCCGAAGGCUGGAGUGAGCAGCCCCAGAAGAAGAGCUCCCCGGAUACCUUCACGCUCUUUCUGAGAAUAAAGUUCUUUGUCAGUCACUAUGGGCUGCUCCAGCACAGUUGGACAAGACACCAAUUUUACCUGCAGCUUCGGAGAGACAUCCUGGAGGAGAAGCUGUACUGCAAUGACGAGAUGCUGCUGCAGCUGGGGGUCCUCGCCCUGCAGGCUGAGUUUGGCAGUUACCCAGAGGAGCAGGUAGAGAGUAAAGCCUACUUUCGAGUUGAAGAUUACAUCCCCGCAAGUCUGAUUGAGAGGAUGACGGCUCUCCGGGUCCAAGUUGAAGUCUCAGAGCUGCACCGUUUAAGUCCUGCGCUCUGGGGAGAGGAUGCGGAGCUGGAAUUCUUGAGGGUGACUCAGCAGCUCCCGGAAUAUGGUGUGCUGGUUUACCAAGUUCUCCCAGAGAAGACAAGGCCAGGAGGAGAGAUGGCCUUGGGGCUCUGUGCCAAGGGGGUCAUAGUGUACGAAGUGAGAAACAACAGCAGAAUUGCGACUUCACGGUUUCAGUGGAGAGAAAUUGAAAAGAUUUUGGCCUAUCGAAAGAAGUUCAUCAUCACAAGCAGCAUCACUGGGCAAAAGCACAUGUUUGUCACUGAUUCAGCCAAGACCUGUAAAUAUUUACUGGGCCUCUGCUGCGCCCAGCAUGGAUUUAACGCUCGGACGAGCUCUCCCGGAGUUACAACAGUUAUAUUUGAUUAUGAUAAGUGUGUGCAAAUGGCCAAUCUGAGUCUUGCACACCUGGCCCAGUCCAAGCCGCUCACUUGGAUCCAGAGACUGUUGUGCUCAGAAAAUGCACUGUUUGUACCCGGGCUGGAGGGUGCGGCAGGAGGCCUGCUACACACGUCACUGGAUAACUUCACUGUGGACACCAGCAAGGGGACCAGGGCGCAAGGGCUCAGAGGCAGGCCCUGCCCUGGCCACGAGCAGCUGGAGCACAUCUGUUUGACCCAGAAGCCAACGACUUGUGACCCUCUCUCUGGACGGCCUGCUCAGAGCACGCACACAGGGCCACAAAAUAAGAGGAGAAGGAGCUUUACAGCCGAACCAGAUCGAGAAAUUGUGCGCGUGGCACUGAACCGGGAUCCACGCCGUGGUUUUGGUUUUGUCAUUAAUGAGGGAGAAGAUGUAGGCAAAGUUGAUCCUGGCAUCUUUAUAUCUUCUAUUAUACCUGGGGGACCAGCUGAAAAAGCUAAAAAGCUCAAACCAGGAGGGCAGAUACUAGCCUUGAAUCACAUCAGUCUGGAGGGCUUCACAUUCGACAUGGCUGUUAGAAUGAUUCAGAAUUCUCCUGACAACAUAGAAUUAAUCAUUUCUCAGUCAAAAGAUAGCUAUCCAACAAUUGCCUGUACUGAAGAGUAA